AUCUAAUCAAAGUCUCAGCGGUCUCACGCGUUUCCUGGGGGCUCAAGUUCAGCGUAUGUAAUGCAGACAGGCUGAGCCGACGCAGAGGCUCGCCACUUCCUAGAGUCCUGACGUGACGACCUCAGAGGUCGCUAUAUAGGGAUACAGACACAAAGCCGGCUGCAGCUGACGGGGCAGAACUCUGGAUAUUGUCUCUGGGACACAAUGCUGACGCGCGUGUCGGUGGCUGUCACCUGGUUCUGUGUCAGUGUGUUGGAAGGUGCCCAGGUGACGCAGCCAGAGGUGGUGGUAGCCAGCAGGCACGGAGAGGCCACGCUGGUCUGCGGCUACAAGGUGAGGAGGAAGGCAGAAGAGAUGCAUUCCAGCCUUCUGAGGAAAACCAAGAACCACAUGGCAAAGAUCUGCUCUUUCUCCUACACAGAUGACUAUGAGCCCGCUACAAGUGGCCAGGUCAUUCGGUGCCUGGGUGUGCCAGGGCCAGACAACGUGACCUACCACAUCUCCGGGCUACAAGCAGAGGACACGGGGCUGUAUGUCUGCAAGCUGGAAGUCAUGUACCCUCCUCCCUAUCGCGUCAUCGAAGGCAGUGCAACCUUUAUCUAUGUCGGCGGUGCCCAGGUGACGCAGCCAGAGGUGGUGGUAGCCAGCAGGCACGGAGAGGCCACGCUGGUCUGCGGCUACAAGGUGAGGAGGAAGGCAGAAGAGAUGCAUUCCAGCCUUCUGAGGAAAACCAAGAACCACAUGGCAAAGAUCUGCUCUUUCUCCUACACAGAUGACUAUGAGCCCGCUACAAGUGGCCAGGUCAUUCGGUGCCUGGGUGUGCCAGGGCCAGACAACGUGACCUACCACAUCUCCGGGCUACAAGCAGUGGACACGGGGCUGUAUGUCUGCAAGCUGGAAGUCAUGUACCCUCCUCCCUACCGCGUCAUCGAAGGCAAUGCAACCUUUAUCUAUGUCGGCGAUCUCUCCUCCCAGUGCGCACAGUCUAUGGAGCCAGCUGAGAGACAGACGUACGAGUGGGUGUUACUCAGCGUCUUCCUGCUGAUGUUACUCUACAGCCUAUUUGUCACAUGCGUUCUGCUCCUUAAGCACCGGAAAAAGAGAUGGGAGACGGGAUGCUAUGAGCAGAUGCUGCAAUCCAACUCCAAGACUUCUUAUCCGUAUUACAUUCCAGUCUGAUCCCAAAUCCCAUCCUCUCUGUACACGAGCCCAUCCGCUUUGCUGAGGAAUCUUCAUUUUAGCCCAGUGGCUCCGGAGGACCCAGAUGAGGACAUUCAUCUAACACUGGAGGUUAUUAGCAGUUCCUAAACUAUAGCUCUGAGCAGCCCCCAUAUAGUGCCCUCCAUACAUACAAGUCUAUAAGUAGUUCCACAGCCCGUCUAUUCAGAGAUCCCAUCGUUAGAUCCCUCUCUGGCAGCUGUACUGCUAGGGUGUGUACACACGGUGAGAUCCUUGCUAUGCCCGAUUUUCACUUGCAAUUUCCCUUGAACUCCCCAGAGCCCGGCACCACCGAUUUUGAGUAACUCUUCUUGAGAUAUGGACUAUGGUGGUCAUUCCGAGUUGUUCGCUCGGUAAUUUUCUUCGCAUCGCAGCGAUUUUCCGCUAAUUGCGCAUGCGCAAUGUUCGCACUGCGACUGCGCCAAGUAAAUUUGCUAAGAAGAUUGUUAUUUUACUCACGGCAUUACGAGGUUAUUUCUUCGUUCUGGUGAUCGGAGUGUGAUUGACAGGAAGUGGGUGUUUCUGGGCGGAAACAGGCCGUUUUAUGGGAGUGUGUGAAAAAACGCUACCGUUUCUGGGAAAAACGCGGGAGUGGCUGGAGAAACGGAGGAGUGUCUGGGCGA